AUGGACGACGAUAUCUCUUUCGCAAGCUUUGGCUUGGUCGUUCUCGACGAGAUCCGCUUUCCCAACCGAGACCCUCUAACAAAUGUACUAGGAGGGUCUGGAGCAUAUGCAACUUUGGGUGCCCGAUUAUUUCUCCCCUCUCCUCAGAGCCAUUCAAUAGUCUGGCCAAUCCAUAUAGGAAAUGACUUCCCAGAACCAAUUACGAAACUCCUACAGAGCUGGGAUACACAAUUGGUUAUCAAACAAGCAUUAGAUCAAUCCUCGACCCAUGGCUUACUGGAAUAUGAAGAUACGACAUUCGGACCCAAGAAAUUUAAAUACACAACUCCAAUCCUCACACAAGAACCCGAAAACACAAACCCAGCCCUCCUCUCAUCAAAAAUCUACCACUACCUCGCCACUCCGGCAGGUAUGAAAACACGCAUCUCAAAUAUCCGCACGCUCCGAACAAUACUCAGUACCAAAGGCCGACCUCUACUAAUCUGGGAACCUGCACCACUAGCAUGCAAAGCCGAACACCUCCAGUCCUGUCUAGAGGCUGCGGGCUUAGUGGAUGUAUUCAGUCCAAAUCAUAUAGAGCUAGCGCGACUUUUCCACGGAUCUUCUGUCUCACCUGACAAAGCCGAGAUCGAGAGAUUGGCAUUGAAGAUCCUGAAUAGCGGAGUUGGACCAGAAGGAAAUGGCGUAGUUGUCAUCCGAGCUGGUGAGAAUGGGUGUCUUGUUCAAUCGCGGAUUCUUGCUCCGAGGUGGAUUCCUCCGUUUUAUGAGGCUAUGGGGGAAGGGCAGGAUUCUAAAGUUGUUGACCCGACUGGGGCUGGGAAUGCUUUUCUAGGGGGGUUCUCUGUUGGGUGGAUUCGUACCAAUGGUGAUAUUGUCCAGGCGGCUUAUUAUGGGUCUGUUGCGGCGUCUUUUGCGUUGGAGCAGGUUGGGAUGCCGGUGUUGAGUGGCGGGGGAGAUGGGGAGUUGUGGAAUGGGCUCAUCCUGCUUCCAGUGUUUGGCGCGGAUGCUUAUUCCUAUUUUUAA